UCCUCAAAUGCUAAAUGUUCCACCAUGUUCAGCAGCUUGUCUCUAACUGUGUCUGUUUUCAUGUAGCUUUUUCCUUGAAAAUGUCCAGACAGAUAAACAAAGAGCUGAAAGUCACAUUGAAGCUCUGUAAAGUUUCUCUUCGGAGACAACUUUCACCGCUCCACAGUAAAAUGAUCUCAGUUCCUGUUGGUCUGCUGAGAUCACCAGAAGCAGCAGGAGGCUGAUUGACGAUCAAUGUCCGCUACAAGGUGAUCAGAUCAUGUGGAUCAUUAGCCUCCGUUUGUUUUACUAAGUGCUGCGAGCGCUCAAUCAGAAGUAACUGAGUCUCUCAUUGUGUGCUGACUGAACUGUUCACACACACACACAGAGUGGUGGGCGUGUCCAGGUGGAGGUGAUGGAGUAUAAAAUGAGCGGAGGCCUUCUAUUCGUCCUCACACCAACCAGCCUUCAGCUUAACAACUCCUUCUCCUCAUCACAGUCACCUGGUCCAUCUCCUCCUCCUCCAGCUCUAUAGUUUUCAUCCAAUAUGGCGGCUCUGUGGCUCCAGUCUGUCUCUCUCCUGGUCUUACUGGUCGUAUCAUGGCCGGGCUCCCAGGCCGCUGCACCCCCACAGCACCUGUGUGGCUCCCACCUGGUUGACGCCCUUUACCUGGUCUGUGGAGACAGAGGCUUCUUCUACAACCCCAGGAGAGAUGUUGACUCUCUGAUGGGUUUCCUCCCACCUAAAGCAGGUGGAGCUGCAGCGACGGGCGGCGAGAACGAGGUGGCAGAGUUCGCCUUCAAGGACCAGAUGGAGAUGAUGGUGAAGCGAGGCAUCGUGGAGGAGUGCUGCCACAAACCCUGCAACAUCUUUGACCUGCAGAACUACUGCAACUGAACGGUGCUUAGCCUGGCUCUGGUUAGCCUAGCCUGGCUUAGCAUUGCUUAGCUUCUUGGCUAACUUAGCCUGAACUGAGAGCUGAGAAAAUGGAUGAAAUUAUUUUUCCUAGAAAAUAAAGUUUUGUGAAUUGAGA